AUGCCGCGGCGCAAAAACAAAAAAUUCAAGCGCCAAAAGCGACACAACCACCAGAAUGAUGAAUGCCUCUUUGAAACCAGCAUUGAAGAGGACUUGCGUCGACAGCGACAAAGACAAAUUGAGCGUGAAAGGGAUAGGGAGAUGAUGAAGGAGUUCGAGGAAGACAGGAUGGAUGAGACGGACACAUCGUUUGUUGAAAAUGUUGAAACAAGAAGGCAAGACAUUGUUCUGAGAGGAAUGUCCGUAGCUCCAUUAAUCGACAUUGCCCAGCUGCCAGCACGAUCACUAUUGUCUGUUCACAACGAGAGCCCAUUAUUGUCUCGGAUUCAGCGGAAUCGAAUACAGAACCUAUGGCACUCACGGUACCUGCUGAGUCAAAUGCAUGUGCAUUCAAAAGCAUCCUUGCUGUACACUCGAAAGGUGAAAUGGCGAAAUCACUCGCUGCCCGAUGGAACAAGCGCACCAGUGGACUUGACUUGUAAGAGCAACCUACAUUCUGCUGCUAGGACGAUGGAUGUGGUUACGUUUGAUGAGGGUCAGCUCCCAACCAUUGCGACCACGGUGCAGGGUGGAUUUGGAAUUUUCACUGCAGCGUAUGGACGACAAGAACGCUUCAAUACACUUCGAGGGUUACCUGUUCAUUCACUACGCAUGCACGAGAAGAGUGGCUGGUGUGGGACGGUAGUUCUGUCGGACGAUCGAUACGCGCUCUACAAAUUCCAGUGCUACCCUCUCCCGGAUGCCACUUCCCUCUUUGAAGUGAUGUUACAAGAGCCAGUUACUGACUUUGUAUUUGGCACAGACUUGGUUCUUUUCGCCUGUCCUAGAUACUAUGGCAAGGCAACGUUGUCUCCAACUUUCUUGACGUUAGAAGACGGAAGAGAAGGAGAGCUACGAUGCUUGAAUAUACAGAACUUCCCACAUUCGGAUGCACUAAGAGUUGAGAUGACCUGUGCAAAAGAAAAAUUUAUUGCUUUUGGCCAUAGAAAUGGUCAAGUUUCUUUGUUGGACCUACGGCAAUCACAGAGCUGUUGUACCAUCCUACAGCACCUGCCAAUAGACAGCACUAGCGAGAUAUUUGGUUCCGCCACCGACCUUAAGUUUCUAUCCAAUCAUCAACUGUUGGUGAAGCGAUCGUUUGGUACUACUCAGCUACACGACUUGCGUCAGAUUUCAUCAAGGUUGGAGCAAGAUUCUAGUAAGAUGCGACGGCGAGCAACCUCGGUGGUGCACCACCUCCAAGUUCCCUCCGAUGGUAUAUUAUCAACCGCUUCUUCCAGAUGCAAUGGGAUGGUGGUGGACCCAACAUGCCAGCAAACACUUCUUUCGCCGUAUAUCGACUCCGACCGCAAUGCAACACUCGGAUUUUGGUCCCUAAAGACUGGAACCUUUGCUGGCCAAAAAAUCUUGGCGAAGAAUCCCGAGCGAGACCCAAUCUUUGUGGAAAUGUGCCCUACAACCACUGCCUCCUUUUUAAAUAGAGGCGAGAUGAAACAUGGACUGUCGAAUCCAUCCGACUUUGGAGUAUGGUUGAAAUGUGGUCGAUUCUCGAAAUCACGAGCACAGGGCGGCAAGGCUGGCAGUCUUCAUCACUUAUCUUUGCCUGGGGCAUUGGCAGACACGCCUUCAGUUUGUUCCUAUUCUGCCUAG